AUUGUUACAAAAAGAUAUAUACUUAUAAAGCUAUGACUGAUCGUAGUGUAAGUAAAUUAGAAUCAAACAUUCCAUACAUUAUUGCGACUGAAAUCGAGUCUAACUACCGGUGUCACGUGGUAUCGGCCAUGACUGCUCCUCAUUCAUCGAACAUGGCAUCUGGAGAAGUUACGAAAAUGACUGAAGAGAGGAAAGAGAAGAAGGAAGUUGUGGAUACUAAGGAAAAGAAACCUAAAGAAACAGAAGGAGGAGAAAUUGUUAAAAAGACCUCAGAUGAUGAUGACAAACUAAUUGCUCCUGAAUAUGCAAUCAAACAUCCUCUAGAAAAUAAGUGGGCCUUAUGGUUUUUUAAGAACGACAAGACCAAGUCAUGGGCAGACAACCUUCGAAUUGUGACUACAUUUGAUACGGUAGAAGACUUCUGGGCUGUGUAUAACCAUAUUCAACUAGCAAGUAAACUGGUAACAGGAUGCGACUAUUCAUUAUUCAAGGAUGGAGUGAAACCAAUGUGGGAAGACGAUAAAAACAAAGCUGGAGGGAGGUGGCUUGUGAAUUUCGACAAAAGGCAACGACAUGUUGAUGUAGAUAGGUCAUGGCUGGAAACAUUGUUGUGCUUAGUUGGUGAAGCAUUUGAAGAAUACGGAGAUCACGUUAAUGGAUGUGUAAUUAAUAUACGAACUAAGGGAGAUAAGAUAGCAAUAUGGACUGGUACACAACAUGAAGAAAGCGUAAUGGCUGUUGGUCGAAAAUUUAAAAGCAGACUUAACCUACCAGCAAGAAUAAUAAUUGGAUUUGAGUCCCAUGCAGAUACUAAAUCAAAAACAGGAUCGAUGGCAAAACACAAAUAUUCUGUAUGAUCAACGGAGAUGAGGAAAGAUUAUUAAUCGUUGAAACAAGUCGAUCGCAAAAGUCAUGACAGACUGGAAUGAAAAACCUCUCCAGGUAUCCUACAGGUAUCAACAAAGAUGAUUCCUCUAUACGCAGGCGACUGAUGCAAGAACCUUUUUCUGUCAGUGUUCUAAAAGCAAAUUUAUUUCCAGUGGUAUUAUGUGUGCGUAGGCUCUGUGUUCUGUUGCAGUCACUAUUUAUGAGCACAGAGCUAGGGCCGGUUCGGCUCCUCUACCACAAAGUAAUUCGGUAAUACUGGUAAUGGUAAUUGAUGUUAUUCAUGUUUGACAGAAUGUCUAAAGCAUGAUAUACUGUUCGUCGCCUAAUGCUUAAUAACACUGUUAGAUGUGAUAAUUGUCCCUCAAAUCUUAAUUGAUCGGUAAUGUUAUUCAACAGUGGUGUGGAGUAGCAUGAUUUAACCUCUUAUUUCAGUUAAUAUUUUUACUUGGAGCUUAAAAUGAAGCAAAGAUAUUUUGGUAACCAUUACAAAUCUGGUUAUAAUUCCAAAAACUUAGCUUUGUUAUUAAUACAUUGUUUAAAUGAAAAGCAUAUAGGCUAUAUAUAUAUAUAUAUAUAUAGGCUAUGUGAGUAGAAAUUACAAGGUGUGGUGGACGGACAUAUAUUUUAUCGAAUGAUAAAUUAUUAAAUUCUCUGUGCUACUUAAAAAGGAUGUAACAAAGGGUAUCAAUUUGCUAUCAACAUUUUAUUUUGGGGAUUGGAGCUAUGGUGAUGUGAUGCUUUAAAUUGUAGUUAACAUGCAAAAGUCAUUAGUAUAAUAUAAAUAAUCAGACAAAAAUAACAUUUAAAGUCUGUAAUUUCAUUACAAGUUUUGCUGUAAUUAUCACUUUUGUUAAAUUAUGAAAACUUCUAACUUGUCUGUUGUGUUAUGUAGUAUAUCAAUUUAGACUUUUAUUUGUUAAAAACAAUAAUCAAAUUUUAUUACUUUUAAGCCUUCAUAUAAUGGGCAAGUCACACAAAUGCUCCACGAUUUCAACAUUAACAUGUAUUUGUAGAAGAAUAUUAAUUCUGUUAGAAAAUAUAAAGUAUGUAGAUAAGGACAGAAAUCUAGAUUGAAAAAGUAGUUAUACAAUUUAUCCCCUUUAUCAUGAAGUGGCGUAUAUAUGUGAACUUAUCAAAUUUACUUUUACAAAAAAAAUAUUGCGUGCCCAUAUAUGAUGCCCAUAUAUGGUCAUGAUGUGAUGUCACCAUGACCAUAUUUAGGACAAUGUUGAACUAGUUAAUUUAAACUUUUCAAUUCAUCUUACACAGAAAAGUGUGUCGAUAUUAUAAUAACUCAAUAAUGUUAAUCUACAAUCUAUAAUGGAAAUUCAUUAAUGAUUAUUUAAUUUAAAUAAAAUGAUCAUUAAAAAUACAAUUUUUACUUCAAAAAAAUUGUGAACCAUUUAGGCUACUUUGCAAUAAAGGGGACAAACGGUUAAAAAAAUUUAUUGGGUUUUGUAAUUUAAGUGUACAAAUGUCCUUUAGAAACAAUGAUGAGCUGUUAGAGUACAUUAAUUGUAACUUCAUGACUAUUAGCAACGAGUGUGAGUGAUAAUCAAAGGUAAAAAUAGAAAACUAGUUUUGACAGUAGAUAUCAUCAUGUUUUCAUUAUAUUCAUGAGAGUGUAAAACAUACAGUACUGUACUGUUUUCUGUAACCCCCUCCAAUUCCUUGAGGGAAUACACAAUAAAAUUAUGUUAAUAUUUUGAAUUCAAUAUUUCUUUGUCGUUAAAUCUUUCACAAUAUGCUGUUAAUUCUGCCAACUUAUGUUUUAUGCUCUCAUAAAUACAAUGAAAAAAAAAUGAAUGAUCUCUUGCAUAGAUGCGUUCAAGAUCUAAUAGUGUUCUAUUUUACUAACAAGGGAAAUUGAUUACAGUAUUUUGUUCAAAGAAUCAGAAAUAUGAGAUGUUUUUUUAUAUGUUAAUAAAUAAUUAAAUAUUGAUUAUCAUUUUGUGUAUUGAAGAAACGACGAUGGUGACCUUAUUAAAAGCCACGUCAAACUCCUGCAAGGAGUGUAAUGCUAA